UUCUUGGUCCUCCGUCGGUUCAUGUGGAUUCAAGGGUACACGAAGGGGGACACCAUUUUCCGCUCAAACCGCAGCGGGAAAUGCUAUUCAAACAGUAGUCGAGCAAGGCAUGCAACGAGCAGAAGUCAGGAUAAAGGGUCCGGGUCUAGGAAGAGAUGCGGCAUUAAGAGCUAUUUAUAGAAGUGGGAUACUAUUAAAGGUUAUACGGGAUGUAACCCCUCUGCCACAUAAUGGAUGUCGGGCUCCUAAAAAAAGACGUGUAUAAAACUAACAAUAAACAUUAAAGAAAAAUAUUUCAAGAGAAAUAAAUAAUUAAAUCAAGAGUUUCAUAAAAAUAUAUUACUAUGAUUCGAGAAAAACUAAAAGUAUCGACUCAGACACUACAGUGGAAGUGUGUUGAAUCAAGGGUAGACAGUAAGCGUCUUUAUUAUGGACGCUUUAUUCUGUCUCCACUUAUGAAAGGUCAAGCAGAUACAAUAGGCAUUACAAUGCGAAGAAUUUUUCUCGGAGAAAUAGAGGGAACAUGUAUCACACGUGCAAAAUAUGAGAAAAUACCACAUGAAUAUUCUACCAUAGUAGGUAUUCAAGAAUCAAUACAUGAAAUUUUAAUGAAUUUGAAAGAAAUUGUAUUGAGAAGUAAUCUGUAUGGAACUCGGGAGGCAUCUAUUUGUUUCAAAGGUCCUGGAUAUGUAACUGCUCAAGACAUCAAUUUACCACCUUCGGUGGAAGUCAUUGAUAAUACACAACAUAUAGCUAACCUAACAGAACCUAUUAAUUUGUGUAUUGAAUUACAAAUUGAGAGAAAGCGGGGGUAUCGUAUAAAAACACUAAACAACAUUCAAGAUGGAAGUUAUACUAUAGAUGAUGUAUUCAUGCCUGUUAGAAAUACAAAUCACAGUAUCCAUUCUUAUGUGAAUGGAAAUCAAAAACAAGAGAUACUAUUUCUGGAAAUAUGGACAAAUGGAAGUUUAACUCCUAAGGAAGCACUUUAUGAAGCCUCCCGGAAUUUGAUUGAUUUAUUUAUUCCUUUUUUACAUGCAGAAGAAGAAAACUUAAAUUUUGAUAACAAUCAACACAAAAUGACUUUGCCCCUUUUUACUUUUCAUGAUCAUGAUAGAUUCGUUAAGGAUAAACUAAGGAAAAAUCAAAAAGAAAUUACAUUGAAAUCCAUUUUUAUUGACCAAUUAGAAUUGCCUCCCUGGAUCUAUAAUUGUCUUAAAAAGUCCAAUAUACAUACAGUAUUGGAACUUUUGAAUAAGAGUCAAGAAGACCUUAUGAAAAUUGAACAUUUUCGAGUAGAAGAUUUAAAAUUUAUAUUAAACAUUUUACAAAUCGAAAAUCAUUUUGUAUAAAUUUUAAAUACAUUGGAUUUUUUUGAAUCUUUAGCACAAAUAAAUCUAUUCAGAAUAGGUCUCAAAUGAAAUAGAUGUAUCUAGGGAUUAGUCAUUUCAAAGUGAAUUUUCCCUAGAUACACAAUACACCUGUCAUGAUAUUUUAUUUCACAAUAGAAUCAAUUUAAAA